AGUGUAGAGAGUGAUGGGACCUGGCUAACGGAACAGCAGCGAGUGAUCACUCUCCCAGCCGGUAAUGACAGACAGAAGGGAAGGAUGACUUCUUGUCCUGAGAUCUGUGGGUCGGAAUACACUGAGCAAGCCCAGGCCGGGGUCAACUGCCAGCAGUACGGAGUUCGCUCAUACCUACACCAGUUUUACGAGGAAUGCACCGCCACGGUCUGGGAACGUGAUGAAGAUUUUCAGAUUCAGAGAUCGCCUAGUCGGUGGAGCUCUGUUCUCUGGAAGGUCUGUCUCACGUUCGGAACCCUGAUCAUGUUAGCAGGACUCAUAGCUCUCCUGGUGGGCUACGCAACGCCAGCCCGCAUCGAGGCCUUCGGGGCAGAUGACCUCCUCUUUGUCGACAGCCAUGCAGUCAGUUUCAACCGGGCUCUGGAUGUUUGCAAGCUGACUGGAGCUGUGCUGUUCUGCGUGGGGGGAACGUCCAUGGCCGUCGGGUUCCUGCUGUCUGCGUUCGCCAAGAGCUACUCCAAAGAAGAGCUGUACCUCCAGCACAAGUUUAAAGAGAGGCUGGGGACUGUUGGUAAUCCCAUCACAAGAUCUCCAACCCCUGGGGACGGGAAGGUUCCGGUCACUCUGUCUAAGGUUCAGAACAUCCAGCCGCUGAGCAGGAAAUCAGACACCUGACAGCCGCCCAAAUGAAGUGAUAACAUCAAGGAAGGAAGAAAGAUAGAUAUAUAGAUACAUAGAUAUAUAUAUUGGUGUGUGUGCGAGUGUGUGUGUGUGUGUGUGUGUGUGUGUGUGUGUGUGUGCGCGUACGUUUGAGUUCAUUUUUGUGGCUUUUCGAAAGGUCAUUUUACAUCAGCGGGUGCUGCUGCUCUUUCCUUGGUCCAUGAAAGGUUUAAGGAGGGCUCAAUGAACUACUGAGCACAGCGGUGGAAUUAUUCAAGCAGGCAGGAAGACAGCGCAAAAUAUCCCAUACAUCCGUCUUCAGAAGUAGCUUAGCCGCCAUGGGGCCCUGUUUCCCUGUUCAAACCCCUAGUUGGGAUUACAGACACGCACUCUGACCCAGACGAUCCUAUCUCUGAUCGGAUAACUGCUGACGACGGCCGCAGGAAUCAAAAUAAGACUAGAACAAACAGCAAACAAACCAUCUGUUAGACGUGAGUUUGUAGAAGUGUUAGUGUGCGUGUGUGCGCGUGUGUGUGUGUGUGUGUGUGUGCGCGUGUGUGUACACAACUGCUUUUCAUGGACACAUUCCCAUAGCAUACAUACCCAAAGUGGGGGCCAUUCGUUUUUGAUUCCUCAAAAGCCGACCAAACUCGGACUAGAACACACGUGAGAGCAGACUUGACCUAAUAGGAAGGGCACAUGUCUCACUGACAUUUUUAUCCGGUCCACUAAAGGCCUCGGGCCCUGUCUCUGUCAGGGGAUGAUCAAUAAACCAGAUGAGACAGACGGCUAUUGAAAAGGUGAACAAACGGGGGGCCGGGAUGCGGCGGUGGGCCGAUAGAGUCGUGUCCGUCAGUCCGCAUUGCUGCCAACGAGAGCUUAGCAGAGACAUAGUAGAUAGAGAGCACGAGGUGAUACAACAAUUAGCAUUGUUUCCCCCUGCUAUGAUUUCAGGAUUUUAAAGUGGAAGCACUCCCACAUAGACACACACACCGAUAAAGAUACACACAUCCCCCACCUUUCAAAAUGUUCAACUUUCCUCCACUGCUAAAUAUUCAUGCACAGGUGCACGCCUCUUCCCCUCACCCCCACACAGUCCACCCACCCUUCUCCUCACAUUACAUAUUAAUUUGCGAUCUCACAGAAAGGCAGGACAAACACACGCGAGGAUGCAGCAGUAGCAGCAUCCACAGCCAUGAGAGUCAUGUCAAUGGAGAUGACGGGAUGCAUAAUAGAUUGGUGAGAAGCAGAGAAGCAGAGUCGCCCCAGCAUCGCUGCUGUCCACCACACCGACCAUGAUAACCGUGACGGCAUGAUGGAUUCAUAAGUCACGGACAUGCUCAGCUUGGGCGGACCCACAUGUGCACUCCCAUCAUGAACCCGUUUUGAAUUGAAUUACAGAGGCGGUGUGAUUGUCAUGGAUGGUGGCUCGGAGGCUGACGCCAUGGUAACGUCAGUCAUGUAGUUGAUGUACCAAUGUCUUGCUUGACAUUUAUUUUCUUAUGUAUUAUAUUUGUAUUUAUUUUUAUGUUCCAUCUGUACUUAUUGUUAUGUAAGAUGUGUUUCGGUUAACAAAUAGAAACAUUUGGGAGUGUAAGCGAAAACACGGGACUUUAAGAAGAACAUUUACGGAUCAAGUUCACAGUUAGACGUCGACUGGGUUGAGUUGGACUGGGAUGAGUCAUUGUGAUUCUUGUUUAGGGGUUUCAAAACAGGGUGCCAUUCAUGCAGUCAGCUUAAUACACCUACGAACACGAACACCGCGGGCAAACAAACUGUAAGAUGACCUUUUGACCUUGUCCCACUAACCAACACCUUCUGUUACAGUGGUACGGUGAUAUCUUUCUCCUUUGAAUUACUUUGAACCAUAGCUGCGAGACUGCCAUCGGACCAAAUUGGUGUGUGUGUGAUAUUACAUCUAUAGAUGACUAUAUGGACAUAACUAAAUAGGACAACACCAUUUAAGCUGCAAAAUAACAAGACAUACACAGGACAUUAUGUGCAGGACAGAAUUCCUUGAAAAGAGUCUGGACGAUCAGUUCAUGGUCAGUAAAUGUGUUGACUCGUAGUAACAUGUCAUGUAAAAUAAAGAGUUUCAGUUUCCUUGUCAUAUAAGUUACAAUCUAUAUUUUUUUGCUCUUUACUCCUCGAAUCAGUAGUUAAUGUUAAACACUUGAAGACUCGUCUGAUAUAAUUGUUAGGCUGUGAUUCUCAUCAUUUAAGCCAAUGACUGUAGGAAUACAGGAAUAACUAACUAUGUGUGAGACCUGUCUUGAAGACAUGGUUAAUGCAAUGCAGAAAUGUUGAAGAAACUUGUCAAAUUAAAGUUUUGA